GCAAAAACGGCGAUGCAGUGGCGCUGGGUCGGUGCCAUCGUGGCCUUCCGCCUCGCCAACGCGCUCUUCGUGCGCACGUACUUCAACCCGGAUGAGUUCUGGCAGAGCUCCGAGGUCGCGCACCGCCUCGUCUACGGCUACGGCUACCUGACGUGGGAGUGGCAGCCGGACGCGCGCCUGCGGGGCUAUGCCCAUCCCGCGCUCUUUGCUGCGCUGUACAAGAUCCUCCAGCUCCUCGGCCUCGACACGCCAUGGGCGGUGGCGUACGCGCCGCGCCUCCUCCAGGGCCUCAUUGCGGCCGUCGGCGACGUUUUCCUCUACAAGCUCGCGUUCGUGUAUGCGGGCGAAGCCGCAGCCAAGUGGGCGCUCUUCUCGCAGCUCACGUCGUGGUUCGCCUUCUACACGCUCGUGCGCACGUACUCCAACUCGAUCGAGGCCGUGUGCACCACGGUUGCGCUCGCCUACUGGCCGUGGUCGUUCCAGACGGACCGCGCCAAGAUGGACGUGUACUGGCGUCGGGCGGCGUCGGGCCUCUCGGCUGCGGCGCUCGGCGUCGUGUUUCGGCCCACGAACGCCGUGCUCUGCGUCUUCCUUGGCGCGCGUCUCUUGCUGGCGUCGCCGGCGAAGCUCACGCUGCUCGUCACGGUCGUGGCGCCGAUCGGGGCGGUGGCCAUCGCCGCGAUGCUACUCAUCGACCGCAUCGGGUAUGGCGCGUGGACGUUCGUGCCACUGAAUUUCGUCCGCUUCAACGUCGUCGAGGGCAAGGAUGCGCUGUACGGAACGCACCCGUGGCACUGGUACCUCGUCGCGGGCUUUCCCGAAGCCGCCGCGACGUCGCUCCCGUUCCUCCUCGCUGGCGUCUGGAGCUCCCAGCGUCGCGAGCUGGCUGCGCUCAUCGCAUGGGCGCUCGCUGUCUACAGCUGCGGCGCCCACAAGGAGCCGCGGUUCCUCCUCCCGCUUCUUCCGCCCACGUUUGUGUACGCAGGACUCGGCCUUGCGCGCCUCCAAGCCCGCGCGCCAGCCAAGCUCUUCCGCGCCCUCGUGCUCAUGCUCGUCGCCGCGAACGGCGCGGCGGCCGUCUACUUUGCUCGCUACCACAAUCGCGGCGCCUUGGACGUCGUCGACCAUCUUCGAGCGGCGCUGCACGAGCAACACGAUGCAGCGUCGGUCGAUUUCUUUAUGACGUGCCACGCCACGCCGUACUACAGCCACCUCCACCGCAACGUGUCUCUCUGGUUCCCCGACUGCUCGCCCAUCAACCGUGUCAAGGGCUCCGAGUCGGACUUGGUGCGCCAUGCACCGCUCGACGUGGCGGAAGCGCGCUACGGCAACGGUAGCAACCGCCCCACGUUCCUCGUCAUGUACGCGUCGGCCGAGCGUGCGAUCGGCCAGAGCCGCCUCGCUGCGUGGCAGUACACAAAAGACGCGAGCAUCUUCAACACCCAUUUCAGCUUGGACGCCGAUGUGCCCGAGCCCGAGACCCACAUGGUGGUAUAUCGCCAAACCGCAUUUGCGUAGGUCGGUCGUGCGCUUCCUUAAUAUGGAGAUUAAGAAACGAUAUACAUACAUACGA